AUGCUUCGCACCCUGGACGUGAUCUUGCAUCGGGGCCAAGACGUAUUGGCCAUCUAUCCGACUGGGUCUGGUAAGAGUACGCUCAUUUGGCUACCAUCGUUGCUUUCCGAGGGGGUUACCGUCAUGAUUUCUCUUCACCAGCGCCUCACUGAAGACAUUUUGCCUACUGCCGCGCGAACCGGUCUGAAUGUGGUCCGGUACAGCGCAGAUCUUACGAUUGGAGCCUGCCCUCGACUCGUCUACGUUGCGGUCGAAAACAUCACCUCGGACCAUUUUUGCGAAUUCAUCAAGUCGCUUCAUGCCGCCAAGAUGCUCGACCGCAUCGUUAUCGACGAGGUUCAUACGGUUCUUCUUCAAGUCAACUUUCGGCAGAAACUCAGAGCGCUG